AUGAAGGUCUUGGCCGCAGGAGUUGUGCCCUUACUGCUGGUUCUGCACUGGAAGCACGGGGCAGGGAGUCCCCUACCCAUCACCCCUGUUAAUGCCACCUGUGCCACACGCCACCCAUGCCACGGCAACCUCAUGAACCAGAUCAAGAACCAACUGGCACAGCUCAAUGGCAGUGCUAAUGCCCUCUUUAUUUCCUACUACACAGCCCAAGGGGAGCCGUUUCCCAACAACCUGGACAAGCUGUGUGGGCCCAACAUGACAGAUUUCCCGCCUUUCCAUGCCAAUGGGACUGAGAAGACCAAGUUGGUGGAGCUGUAUCGGAUGGUCGCGUAUCUGAGUGUCUUCCUGGGCAACGUCACCCGGGAUCAGAGGGUCCUGAACCCCAAUGCCCAGAGCCUCCACAGCAAGCUCAAUGCUACUAUAGACAUCAUGCGUGGGCUCCUCAGCAACGUGCUUUGCCGGCUGUGUAACAAGUACCACGUGGGCCAUGUGGAUGUGACCUAUGCCCCCGACACCACCAGCAAAGAUGCCUUCCAAAAGAAAAAGUUGGGCUGCCAGCUCCUGGGGACAUACAAGCAAGUCAUUAGCGCGGUGGCCCAGGCCUUCUAGACAGGAGGCCUUAAGAAUGGACUGAGAGAUUUCAGGAGCAGGAUC